AUGUCUCUACUAACAUUAGCAAAAGACGUCACGUAUCUUCUUGUUAAAAGAGCUAUUGAUCCCGAUGACCUAGACGCCUCUAUUCCUGAUGACUCUGGUGAUGAUGAGAAUUCCAAUCCCAUGGCAGAAGAAAUCUUCUCAUCCUGGGCAAUUUUCAUCUUAUUGUUCCUUUUGGGCUCGGCGCUUUGGACAUCAUACUAUUUACAACAACGAAGAAUCAGCAGCGUCCACGAAACCGUGUUGUCGAUCUUUUAUGGAAUGAUUGUUGGGUUGAUUAUCAGAGUAUCCCCAGGUCAUUACAUCCAAGAUACAGUGACCUUUAAUUCAUCAUAUUUCUUCAAUGUGCUAUUGCCUCCUAUCAUUCUUAAUUCCGGGUUUGAGCUAAACCAGGCAAAUUUCUUCAAGAAUAUUGGCUCAAUUCUCGUAUUUGCUAUUCCCGGCACCUUUAUAUCUGCCAUGGUGCUCGGGAUAAUCUUGUUUAUCUGGACUUCUCUAGGGUUGGAGGCCAUCAAUAUCUCAUUCGUUGACGCUCUUUCGGUUGGGGCAACCUUAUCCGCCACCGACCCAGUGACAAUUCUUUCAAUUUUCAACGCCUACAAAGUCGAUCCAAAGUUAUACACCAUCAUUCUUGGAGAAUCUUUGCUUAAUGAUGCGAUCUCCAUCGUCAUGUUUGAAACCUGUCAGAAAUUCCACGGUAAAUCUGCACAACUCUCAUCUUUAUUCCAAGGGAUUGGGUUGUUCUUGAUGACAUUCACUGUGUCAUUAGUGAUUGGUCUUGCGGUAGGGAUCAUGGUAGCUUUAAUUUUGAAGCAUUCCCAUAUUAGACGCUACCCACAAACUGAAACCUGCUUGAUUUUGUUAUUUGCUUAUGAGUCUUACUUCUUCUCCAACGGUUGCCAUAUGUCGGGAAUUGUCAGUUUAUUAUUCUUUGGCAUUACUCUCAAGCAUUACGCCUACUAUAACAUGUCGCGUCGUACGCAAAUUGCCACAAAAUACAUUUUCCAAUUCUUGGCGCAAUUAUCAGAAAAUUUCAUCUUUAUUUACCUUGGGUUAUCGCUUUUCACCGAAGUUGAAUUGGUGUAUAAACCUUUACUCAUCAUUGUAACGGUUAUUUCUAUCUGUGUUGCCCGUUGGUGCGCGGUUUUCCCACUUUCCAGAUUUGUUAACUUUAUGUACCGUUCAUCCAAUGGACCAGGCCAAGAAGAAAUUCCAUAUCAAUACCAAAUGAUGACAUUUUGGGCUGGGUUACGUGGUGCUGUUGGGGUUGCUUUAGCAAUGGGGAUUCAAGGGGAGCACAAAUCUACUUUGCUCGCUACUGUGCUUGUGGUGGUGGUGCUUACAGUGAUCAUCUUUGGAGGAACCACUGCUGGAAUGUUGGAGAUUUUGGGAAUUAAAACCGGAUGUGUCGAAGAAAAUGACUCUGAUGAUGAAUUUGAUAUCGAAGCCCCAAGGGUUGGUAGUAUAUUACCUACAGCCACCAACAUCAAUCCUGCUUCUCUGUACCGCAAGCCUUUGAAAAGCGGAUACUCUCAUAAAAAUAGUAAUGAGUAUAACCCUAAACUCACGCGCAGCCCGUAUCUCGAUGACGAUAAAGGAAAAUCUAGACAUCUGUCAGUGUCCACAAAUAUCAACAGAGGUAAUAACUUUCAUCUUGAUGAUUUGUCAAAAUCGAAACCUUCAAGCUCUUCGAACUUGCUCGAUGACGAGGAAAUCACUAGUGAAUUGGGAGAUAUCCCACCAUUAGCCAGCACCAGUACCAGUAACAUCAAUCUCAAUAACGGUGAAAGCACCACACUGCUAAAUAGCUCAAUAGGGCAGUUAGCUGAUGCCAACGCUAAUACAGGAAUGACCAAUCUCAAUCUCUCACAUUUGCUAUCCCCAUCAAAUGAUUCUUCUACAUGGUUCCAUGAGUUUGAUGAGCAGGUGUUGAAACCAGUAUUGUUGGAUAAUAUUGGCGCUAGCAGUAGUAAAAACGGCAAUGCUGGUGAAGGAAACAGAAAAAGAGGAGACAAUUAG